UUGUCAUGAAGUUUUAAAUUAGUUAAAAAUUAAAUCACAUAUAUAUGCAUAGCGCAAAUUAAAUUCUAUAUAACACUUUUGUAUCGUUAGUGCAACAUGUUUAAGACCACAGAUAAAUUAUUUCCUGUAUUAAAACCGCAUACGCCGGUCUUACGUUCGGGUGGAAGUCUUACAGGAUCUCACAAAUAUACAAAAAAUAAUGUUACAAAAGAAUUGAGUUCCCCAGUAAAAAAAAGUGGUAUGUUACAAGAUGGAUUGGAUUUACGAAUGCGCGCUAAAUCUGCCAAUUAUUGCCUUAAAUGGAGCGUCAUCUAUGUAAUAUUAUUUGCACUUUUGUUUUAUGAUUUAUCAUUUAAAUGUCCGCGUGCUUGUUCUAAAUGGUAUUGGGUUGAGUAUGCCUUAACAACAUAUGUAGCCAUAAGCGGUAUCAUUUGCGUGGGAAAAUAUUUAUAUUAUAUAUUAUCGACUGUGCCUCUUCGUGGGACAAUGGAACAACAACGUUUGUUACAAUUUAAUGAAAAUGAUAAAUCAUUUGUUGUUGGGGAAUUAGAUGAAAUAAAUGAUAAUUUGAAAUAUAAUGGCAAUGAAAUAACAAUUGACAGCAGUUUCCUUAGCUGGCAUUCAUCCUUUAAUGAUUCACGCAAUUUAGCGACGUCUAAUUUGCAUAGCAGAAGGCAAGGUUCUCCAAUACAUCAAAAUCUCAGUUCGCAGCAAAUGCAAUAUCAAUCGUUUAUCAAUUCUUCUAAUCCUAAUACUCUAGAGAAUAGCAACUAUAGCAAUAACAGCGCUUAUGCAUCACCUUAUCGUUAUACGCGCGAAGAUUUAAUUGAAAAUGAAGAAAGUCUAGAGAAAUACUUAAAAGAAACUUCAGAACUAGAGACUUUGAAUGAAACGCCGGACCAAUCUGGACUUUAUCACAAUAGUAACGUAAAAAACGCAUUCUGGAAUUAUUGUCAUAGCGCUGCACAUACACUUAAAACUUCAAUAUAUCAAUUAGCGCCACUACCAACCACAACACAAAAAUCGUCAACAAAUGAAGAAGGCGGCUAUCAUAUCACUGACAGCAAUUCUGAAGUUAUUAAGAAAAUAUCAUCAGCUAAAUUAUCUCAAUAUGUCGCUUGUUUACGCAGGUGGAUGUCUACAACUAUUUUGGAACGUUUAGUCAGAGAAAUUGAUAAUAUUAAUGCAACGUUAAAGAAUCGUGGCAUUAUAGAGAUACAAAUUGGUAACAUAGGGUUGGAACGUUUAAAGAAAACUGCAGAAAAUCAACAAUUUUGUAAUCAAAAUAUUCCAAUUCUCCCAUUGAUUGUACCAUUUUUGGAAGUUAGUAGUAAUCAGGAGUAUUUAGUACAACGCAUAAAAGAGCUUGCAAAAGGAUCUUGUAUUGCUGAUUAUCAAUGGAAUUCUGGUUCAUCAUAUCUUGGCAAUAAGUGGGAUGAACACUUACCAACUGAUUCUGCGAUACUCUUCCAUUUAUUUUGUGUAUAUUUGGAUAGUCAGCUUAGACCUUUGCCACAAGGCGGUGGUCGGCCUUUCUAUAGUCGCUAUAUAUUAAAAGGCGAUGAAAAGCGCUCCGCAAAGGAUACCAUUGCUGCUGUUCAAAAUAAGGCCAAUUGUGCCAUACUCUGCACAAAUCUCAUAAAACCAAAAUUCAAUUUCAUUAGUGAAGGAGAAAUACACAGUUGCGCCUAUGAUCGCAACAAUCUUUUCUACGUGAUCAUACAAUUUUUGAUCUAUAUGCGUGCUCAUCAUGACAGCUGCUUGGAGGGCGUUAAUCUUGGCCAAAGCGGCAUUAACAUAAUGUGUGUUAUCGAAGGCUGAUUUGAUUUUAAUUUGGGAAACAAACAAAACUAACUCAUUUUGCUUAUUAAGAUUAAUUUAUUUCGAUU